GCCGCCAUCUUGCCUAGGUGCUCUGACUGGUCCAUUUUAUACAGUCUAUGGUCCAGACCAGUAUCAGACUCGGCAAAAAUGCCACAUUUUUGCUCUGCAUUUGGGUGUACUAACGAGAGAAGUGUUAAAACCAAGCAGAAGGGAAUAACAUUCCACAGUUUCCCAAAAAACACAGAUAGGAGACGGGCAUGGGUAGCAGCAGUGAGGAGAAAGGACUUUGUUCCAAGUGACUCCUCAGUCAUCUGCAGCUGUCACUUCAGACCGGAGGACUUCGACAGGACUGGGCAGACUGUCCGUUUAAGGGACGGAGUGACUCCCUCUGUAUUCAAUUUUCCCGAGUAUCUCUGCAAAGUGCCCAGUACAUCCAGGUCAACCAGGACAUCCCAAGCUGCUCUACAAAGUCCUGAUGUUCAGGUUCAGCCACCAGACAACCAGGAGGAGUCAACCUCAGAUCAUCAGUAUGCCCUUGACCUGAUUGAUGUUAAACGGAAGUUAACUGAGGCACAGGAGAGGGUGGAUGAAUUGCAGAGAAAGUUGCGAAAUGCCAGGGAUCGAGAAAGAAGGCACACUAAAACAGUGAAAUCCCUGCUCCAGGAUUUAAAAGAGAAAAAGCUGCUUACAGAGGAACUGCAGCACACUUCUUCUAGGACCUCUCAAAGCUCCUCUAGGACCUCUAAAAGCUGCUGUAUGACCCCUAAAACUUCCUCCAGGACCCAUAAAACGUUCUCUAGGACCUCGAAAACUUCCUCUAGGACCUCUAACACUUCCUCCAGGACCUCUAAAUCGUCCUCUAGGACCUCUAAACAUCCUCUAGGAACCCUGAAACUCUCUCACGUCCUCUAAAACCUCCUUCAGGACCUCUAAAGCUUCCUCCGGGUCCCCUAAAACCUUGUCCAGAACUCCUAAAAAUAAUACUACUGUACACUGUAUAUAUUUUUUGUAAAUAUGACCUAAUAAUGUAAACAGUUCUGUGUCCAGGCUCUCAUGAGCACUGUGGUGUUAUACAUAUGAGAUUAAAGCAAACUUUUGUGUAAACAUG